AUGGAAAACAGCAGUGGGUGCUUUGACUCACCCACUGGGUAUAUAAAAUCUCUGGUUGAGCAAUUCAGAUCUACCGGCACCCUUCCUCCAGGCAUCGAUAGAGAGGAUAUACUGUCUAUUGAUAUAGAUCCCCAUCAGUGGUACAGGCUAGAGACUGAGCUUGGCCUAGGGGAAACUGAUAAGUUUCCAAAGUUCUUUUAUGACCCAUUAGUCUCGCGGCUGAGCGUGGAGUGGAUGGCGCUGCCACUCCAUGAACUUGUUGUUGAGAUAUUCUCCAGUGGAUUGUAUGAUGCCACUCGUCAUAUCAAGUCAAAAUGCAGCAUCCGAACCAAUGAACAAUUUCAACAGCAUAAGGAUAACAACUAUGUCACCACACUCAAAGCCCCCGAUCUAGCCCUGUUAUCAGGAAAAAAAGUCCUCAUCCUGGAGGUCGGUUUUUCCCAAACAUAUGAGCAACUGGUUGAUACUGCAAAGUUCUGGCUUGAAGGAAGUCUAGAUGUGACAAGAGUGGUUAUUGUAAAGAUUACAGAACCUAAAUACUCUUGCCCUCUCAAGAAUGCUGGAAUUUCAAUGCUACAAUCUCUUGGUUUCCCAACAGAUGACUGGGAUAUAGAAAGCCAGUUUUGCCUUGAGAGUGGUUUUGGUCCUGUUACACUGGGGACCACCAAAUGGGUUGGUGAAAUAAAUAUGUUUCUUGAGCAUGUCUGUGAAGCCACACCACCCACGCUCCCACUCUCACUUAGCGACUUUCUCGAAGUUGAUGCGGAUGACAAUAGAAAUAUUGUGAUAGACUGGGAGGAGUUUCAUGGGAAGCUAAAGGAAGACUUGCUCAAGACAGCUAUCUUGAGAUAUCAAGACAUGUUAGACCGAUGUUAUGGAAGGGAGGAGAAUGUCUGCAGGGUUAAAGAGACACCCUCAAGAGAGUGA